GCCCUGGCUGCACCAGCCAAGGAACAGAAGGAGGUGAUAGUGGUGAAGGAGACCCUCCACGAGAACAAUGGCCUCCCCGAGGGCUAUCAGUACGGAUAUGAGCUCUCUGACGGCAGCAGCAAGCAGGAGCAGGCACAGUUUGAGGAAGCCGUCGACGAGGAGGGCAAGCCCGUUCAGGCGAUCGUCGUCAGGGGUUCAUACAGCUUCGUCGGAGAGGACGGUGUCACCUACACCAUCAACUACACCGCUGACAGCAACGGAUUCCACCCAGAGGGUGCUCAUCUCCCUGUUGCUCCUGUUGCCUAAAUUGCAUUCAUCACUCUUCACUUUGCAGUUCAAUAAAUCACCGAUUUUACCAAACAAUGAUUGUCUUUCGCAUUUUUAAAUUUAAAUCAACUCU